AGAGGGAGUUUAAUUUGAGUUUUGUUGAUUGAAUUGAAUUAUAGAAUGGUUGGUGCAGUAGUACUAUGUAAAUGAGUAGCAUCCAGCUUAGACACACCAGUAGAAUACAAGAACAUGAGCGAUGAAAAACUUUAACCCUUUUAACUCUCACUCUGACCAAACCAAACACCACUGUCACUCUAAUCAAUUCCUCAUCCCUAUGCCAUUCCCUCUUUCUCUCUUCCCCUGACCUAAAUUGUACUUCAAAAAUUUUCCAAUUUCGCAUGGAAAAAAACAAUAUUGAAUGGCUAAAACUUUUCUCACAACAAAGAAAAGAAUAAUCAACACCACCACCAUCACUAGAACAAGAAAUAAAACACCAAAACAAAAACAUAACCUGUCCGAGUCUGGAUCCUCUAAGCAACACCCACCAUCAACUCCUUCACCAAAACGACGCCGUAUUAAACUCAAAACAUGUAGAACCAUUAGAAUUAACAGAAGGGACCGUUCCGUUACCACGGGGAAAGAAACGGUGUCGUUCAGUUGAUUAUGUAGGAAUAAUGAAUGGCGGUGAGAUAGUGGAAGUUGACGGCGGUCACAUUAUACGGUCAAGAGGAAGAAAAGACCGUCACAGUAAAGUUUGCACCGCGAAAGGCCCGAGAGACCGGCGGGUCCGUUUAUCGGCCCACACCGCUAUUGAAUUCUACGAUGUUCAAGAUCGGUUGGGCUUUGACCGGCCCAGUAAAGCCCUUGACUGGCUCAUUAAUAAAGCCAAGCCCGCCAUCGAUCGACUCGCGCAACUUCCUCCAUGGAAACCCACUCUUGUUUCUAAACAAGAACAAAACGACGACGUAGCGGAGAAAGAAAACGCUAACGAAAACGAGUUUCGUUUUCUUCAGAACUUCAACAACAACAACAACGACAAUAACAGUACCAACAGUUUCAUUCCGUUUGAAACGGAAACGACGUCGUCUUCGCCGAUUCAGUUUCAGACUUAUAAUAGUACCACUCCUGAUUUGCUUUCCAGAACGAAUAGUAAUGAUUUGCGUCUCUCGCUUCAACAGAAUCGGAAUCAGCAGGCGCUAUUCGCCGGGAACUUUGAUGGAAUUCCGGUAGCAUGGAAUUCCGGUGGUGGUGGUGGUGGUGGUGGUGGUGCUACUACUAUUGAUACUGGUAGUGGUGGUAGUAAUCAGAAUCAUAAUGAUGAUGCUUCGGGUGGAGGUUUUGUGUUUCGUACUCCUUCACCUUCGCCGGUGGGUUUUCCGGCGGUGAUGUAUGGUCAGAAUCAGUAUCUUUCUCAGAGGGGACCCCUUCAGUCCAGUUACAGUCCUUCCGUUCGUGCUUGGAUAGAUGCGCCGACGUUUGUUGCUGCUGAUUAUCGACGGCAGACGGGUGCGUUGGGUGCCGGAUUUGCAUCUGGUAGCUUUUCUGGUUUCCGUGUGCCGGCACGAAUUGGAGGUGAUGAGGAGGAGUUGCAUGGCGGCGUAUCUGUAUCUGACAGGCCGUCGUCUGCUUCCUCUGAUUCUCGCCGUUGAAAUUGUUAACCUCACUUUCCUUAUCCUUCAAGACUUGCCUUUUGAAACCCUAAAUCUGGAAAUCAAUUUGGUAUGGGAUUGUUUUCGCUUGUUUAGAAGAUGAUUGGUUGAGAACUUGCUGUGUUUCUCGAUGGAUCGGGGUGAGGAGUUGGAUUUGGAAUGGUUCAUUUCAAUGGUUUAUGCUUGGGGAAUGAAGAAAAUCUGGAGAUGAAUUUUCAGGUUUUCCAUCCUCAAGUUUGUUAUGUUAAUUUUCAUGUUUUUGUGUUUAGUUAUCUUUCAUGUAUUUCUAUGUUUGAUGUUGUUUAUAAUUUGUUACAAUUUGUAGUUACUAUAUCUAUUUUGUGUAAUUUCUUAUCAAGUUUUAGUUUUGGUAUGAAAACAUGCAUCACAUCUA